CCUCCCCGGUGUUGGUCUCGCAGGUAACGAUGUGGCCCUCAGCUUCAUGAAGGACUUUGAUUGGCACUCCAAUGGACAUCUUUCUGAGCACCACCACAAAUACAGUAAUGAUUUUAGUCAAAUAUAAAACAGCUUCUGGUUGAUGUUAUUUGGCACUAAAAUCAGUAGUUAAACGUUAGUAGCUAAAACAGGAUGAAUGGAAUUGGCUAGCUGGAUGUUAGCUAGCUAGGCUUGGUAGCUAACGUUGGCUAACGAUACAUAUCUAACGUUAGCGCCGAAUGAUACGUACUGUAGCUAGCUCAUUUCCAUGUGCACUGCUAUAAUUCUAAUAGCUAGAUAGAUGAUGAUGAUAACCGUAAUAUCUUACCGUGUAAAUCCUUGCAAACAAGUUCGUGGAAAUUAUUAAGCUAGAUAGCUAAUAUUUUUAUUUAGGUCUAAAUAUAGGUGAAUGGCAAAGAUGUCCUGCUUGUUUGAAAGCUAGCCUCUCCAGCCCCGUGUAUUUCCUGUUUGACUGAUUCAUAGCCAUGGCAAAGAUGUUUUAUAACUAAUAGCUCAUUGUUCUAUCUGUGGCGAUGCAGGGUGAAAACUAGAGCGAGAACUGUAUGUACUGCCACCUACUGAUGUCAUGCCAAUGGUGCAGUUUAGUUCACUACUAAAGCUUUUUUCUUUUACAGACAACACUCAAUCCAAUUUAUUACGUUUUUUUAUAUUCCAUCUAUAGUAUGAACAACAAUUCAGCGACUCGAAUAAUGUGGGAUACACUCUGUGAUAGAUGUUGUUCUUGUUUGCGACCAGGGUUAUUUUGGUGGCAGUGUAGUUUCUGGAUCCACUUUUAAGUGUGUGUGUGUGCGCGCGCUAUUAACAACAUUUGGGUGUGCGGGCGCUACCAGCCACCGGAAGUGAGUUUGACUCGCAAUCCUCGUUCGUAUCAAUUAUUUGAAGAAACCCAGCUAGCUAUCUGAACAGAACUAGUUUAGCGAUCAGUACAAGAAAACACUAAACAAUUCACAUGAAUCCACUUUAAAUGAUCUAACAGUUAGUGGGCGAAUUGACUAUUAAGUCGACCAACUAGAUGUAAAUAAUGAUAUGUUCUAGGGUACACUGAUUUGGUUGCUAGCGCCAGGCAGUGCUAGCCAACACCCUCAUGAGGCAAUCCAACUCCGGAGGAUUAACUAGCUACCGACCGUAAGCAAGUCUAACUAGUUUGUGAUUUGCAUCUAGCAGCAAAGAACAAACCAACAUAAUGUCAGAUGAUGCUGUCCUGCUGAAUGUACCCGUCAUUCGGCAGCUGUACCACUGGGACUGUGGAUUAGCCUGCUCCAGAAUGGUUUUGAAGUACCUCCACCCUGUGAGUGAUGAGGAGUUUCAGGGUGCUUGCUGGGAGUUGAAGCUGACGCAGAGUGUUUGGACAAUUGACUUGGCCUACCUCAUGUGCCAGCUGAGGGUCCGGCACCGCUUCUGCACUCAGACACUGGGUGUUGACAAGGGCUUCAGGAAUCAGUCCUUCUACAAAAAGCAUUUUGACACUGAGGAAGACAGAGUCAACGAACUCUUCCUAAAGGCUGAAAGCAAGGGUGUGGUGGUGAAUAAAUGCUCUGUGACAAUUCAGGAAAUCCAGGAACAUAUUUACCAGGGCCAUGUGGCCAUAGUGCUGGUCAACGCUGUGGUUCUGGUGUGUGAACUCUGCUCUUCGCCUGUCAAGUACUGCUGUUUCCUGCCUGUGGGACAGAAGUGCUUCUGCAGGAAGCCAGAAUACCAGGGUCACUUUGUGGUGGUGUGCGGCUUCAACCGGAGCACUGGCUGCAUCUUCUACAACAACCCUGCCUACUCAGACCGCGUGUGUUGCACCAGCAUUAGUAACUUUGAAGAGGCUCGAAUGAGCUACGGGACAGAUGAGGAUAUUCUGUUCAUCUUCAAGGAGAGCUGAUGGCUUAGGGACAAUGAAGAUGCAGAUGGUCUCCACAUCGCUAUGGUGCCCCAUCCUCACUAUGAUGACACAUCAGUGGGUCUACAGGUCCCUGAACUGGGACUGCUGGUUCCAGCUCUAGCCCAGUGUUGUAGAUGGUCCCGGGCUGUCCUUUCCAGUGCUAACUGACUGCUCACAGAACACACAUCACUCCCAACGUCACCACACCUGCCUCACUUCACAUAGCCCAUGCUAGUCGUCAGUGUGUAAAGGAAUAAUCACUGAAGACAUAGAUAAAGUGUGGUUUUAAGUUGGUUGGGGGACAAGCAGAUAGUUGAAAUAGAAUAAAGGAAUUUUUCCUGUGUCCCAUUUUGUUUAGUUUUACUUCAGUUAGUUGAUUCUACCAAUUGACGUGUGAAGGGUGAGCAGUGCAGGACUAGAAAAUCCUAUUUCUAAUGCUGGGUGGAAAAAAUAACAUGACACUCAAGUUGAUUCUAGACUUGUAGAGGAGGACAAAACAAUGCACAUACAAGGGCUUAUGGCAACAUGAUGCUAUCUUUGGUUUUACCUGGUGUCAUGCAAGUCUGAUGGGCCAUGUAUUGCUGCUUUCCUCCCCUUAGAAUAGGCUUGUCUUAUUUUAUUAAUAAUUAUUUUGAUACUGUUUGUUGAACUUCAUGUAUUAUUUAGUAUUUUCUAAUAACAUGGAAUUGAGGGAGAAAUUGUUUUUGAAAGACUCAGGUAAUUAAUGUCCAUAGAGUCUGAUGUGUUGUACUACAAUAGCAAACCCAUGUUACAAAUGUAUUUUCUUUAAUGCAAUACACCUUGACCCAUUUCCUGUUUAUGGAACCAAAUCUGCCUGGCAUGCCUAGGUGUCAGUCAUCAGGACAUCAUGUUCAACCUCAGCCUGCUGCUUUGUACAGACUUUGCUUUUGUUGUGUGAACCGAUGAUUACAGUCCAUGUCAGUGUCAUUCACAUCAAGGAGAUUAUUAUAGAGAAUCAGCUAUAGUUUCAACUGAAGGCAGUGGAGGCUGGUGGGAGGAGCUAUAGGAGGAUGGGCCCAUUGUAAUGGCUGGCAUGGAAUUAAUGGAACUGUAUCAAACAUGGAAACCACAUGUUCGAGUCCGUCCCAUUAAUUCCAUUCCAGCCAUUACAAUCAGCCUGAUCCUCCUAUAGCUCAUCCCACCAGCCUCCACUGUCUGACGUUUUUUCAGUGUUGCACUACAUGCCUCGAUCUCCAUGCUCUUUGAGUUUGGAAAAGGGAGAAUGGAGACACAGUGGAAAGUGUGAAGUACUCGGUACGAGGUAGAUGGAUGCCUUGCAGGUUUUGCUUCAGUAUAUGACUCAACACUACCUUCCGAGUUUUAAAGGAAUUAUUAGAUCAUAAGAUAUUUUCUGUUGAAAAUAGCAAUCAAGUGGAGGCAACACACAGAAUGACUUCAUUAUUCUCUUUCAACAUUUGUUUUUAUAUUUUGGUAUCAUGGAUGAUGUUAUUGCACUUUGGUUUUUUUACCAGCCAUAAUUAUGUAUUAUUUAAUUUUCAUUUUACCAUGAUAACAUAUUUUCCCAAUCUAGAUGGAAUGACUGAUUUAUUCCUGCUUGUGUAUUUUUGUUAUGAACAAAUGGAAUGUGUUAAAAUGGCUUUAUUUUUAUGAAAUAUACAAUUCCAUUUAUGUACUGUACUCAUUAAAAUAAUUUGAACACA